AGAUAAUUCAGUUUAUAAGCGUAAUCCGGCUUAGGCAGUGAACUUCAUAAUUGUCUUAGCUUUUUAUGUGAAUAAUACUUGUUUAAACAAUAAUUUUCUAAAAUGCCGGGUAAACCAGAUUAUAAAGUGGCGGAUAUUUCCUUGGCAGAAUGGGGUAGGAAGGAAAUAACUAUGGCAGAAAAUGAAAUGCCAGGAUUAAUGUCUUUACGUAAGAAAUAUGGUCCACAGAAAAUAUUAAAAGGAGCUAGAAUUGCUGGUUGUCUUCAUAUGACUGUACAAACCGCAGUUCUUAUUGAAACACUUGUGGAGUUGGGGGCAGAGGUACAAUGGUCUUCUUGUAACAUCUUCAGUACUCAAGAUCAUGCAGCUGCGGCAAUAGCAAAAGCUGGAAUUCCAGUUUUUGCAUGGAAAGGAGAAACAGAAGAUGAAUACACAUGGUGUAUUGAACAAACCCUUCUUUUCAAAGGUGGAAAACCUCUAAAUUUAAUUCUUGAUGAUGGCGGAGAUCUCACUAAUCUUGUUCAUGAAAAACAUCCUGAAUAUCUCAAAGAAUGUCGAGGAAUUUCUGAAGAAACUACGACUGGAGUCCACAAUUUAUACAAAAUGUUUAAAAAUGGAACUCUUAAAGUUCCAGCUAUUAACGUGAAUGAUUCAGUUACAAAGAGCAAAUUUGAUAACCUGUAUGGUUGUAGAGAAUCUCUAAUUGAUGGUAUAAAACGUGCAACAGAUGUUAUGAUUGCUGGUAAAGUCUGUGUUGUUGCUGGUUAUGGUGAUGUCGGUAAAGGAUGUGCACAAAGUCUUCGAGCUUUAGGAGGAAGAGUAAUUAUCACAGAAAUAGAUCCUAUCAAUGCUCUACAAGCUGCUAUGGAAGGCUACGAAGUUACAACCCUAGAAGAAGCCGCUCCAAAAGGUCAAAUUUUUGUUACAACUACUGGAUGUAAAGAUAUCAUUACAGGCUCUCACUUUGAAGCUAUGCCUAAUGAUGCCAUAGUUUGUAAUAUCGGACACUUUGACUGUGAAAUUCAAGUGUCAUGGUUGAAUAAACAUGCGGUUGAAAAAGAUAAUAUCAAACCUCAAGUUGACCGAUACAAAUUAAGUAAUGGAAGACACAUUAUUCUACUAGCCGAAGGUCGACUUGUUAACUUAGGUUGUGCUACUGGUCACUCGAGCUUUGUCAUGAGCAAUUCUUUCACAAAUCAAGUUUUAGCUCAAAUUGAACUUUGGACAAAAUCCGAUCAGUAUCCUGUUGGUGUUCACAUGUUGCCUAAAAAGCUUGAUGAAGAAGUUGCUGCCUUACACUUGGAACAUCUCGGUGUUAAAUUAACCAAAUUAACGCCUGAUCAAGCUAAAUAUUUGGAUAUACCAAUGGAAGGGCCAUUCAAACCCGAUCACUACAGAUAUUAACAAAAAAAAAA